AUGUCUUCGUCUUUAGAAAAUGCGGUCGAUAACCCAGGCUCUGCUCCGCCGUUUCCGGUGGCCGCUGCGCCGGUUGUUCUACCUACGCCAGACGAUGGCGCGCCUGUCGACACGGUUGCCGCAGCCGCCGUCAACGAAGCCGACAACGUCCAGCCCCCGACGCUUGCUCAUAUUGCUCCUGGCAAUGCUGAUGUCACGCUUUUCGAUAACCCUCACAUCGGCGACCCCGAGGCGCCUCACUACGCUGUCCACAGCGGACGCAUCAUCGGUGUGUUCAGUCACAGUGGGACGGCCCAUGCCCAGACGUCCAAGUUCUCUGGAGGCUCAAUGCAAAAAUAUGGGAGUCGCGCAGCAGCUAUUGCGGCCUUUCAUAUGCACCGCAUGAACAGCAACCUACCGCCGAUCCCUGCGCCCAUUAAUCCGGGACCUAUAUACAUCCAGAUACCCGAACCUGAGCCGGUGCAUCUACCUGCUCCUGCGCCAGUUCAUGCUCCAGGCUUGCCCGCCGCUCCUGCGCCUGCUACUCAACACUCGUCCGCGUCCGCCGCCCCCGCCAGUAUCCUUCAAACUGAUUUUGAAGCCGCGCUAGCCGCUGCUGCUGUAGGAUCAUCAACGGGUCGUGCGGGAUCUCCGACUCACGGCCGUUCGCAGGCAACGAUGGCCGAGCACUUCAACCUACUCGACAAGAUUACAAGUAGCAACGAAGUCCACCAACGCUCGUCGUCUCACAUUCCCUCUAUCGUCCAUCGAAACCUUGAAACACUCCCCGUGUGUGCGUUUGAGCGCGCUGAUAGCAAGCUCCACGACUCACUCGCUGCUGUCAUUCGCACCGAGGUCUAUAGCCUGCACGCGCGCUACGAAGUGCUGCGGCGUGAUGGUCGACGAGCGCGCAAAGACGCUGAAUCUCACGACAGGUCCGCGGUACUUGGCCAUCACGUAGACUUCAACCGCGGUCAGCGCGACGCGUCAUUGACACUUGCUAUUCGCUCCAACGAGAUGGCCGACCUCGUUUUCCGUCGCAUCAACGUGCUCCUCGAGCAAGCUGAACGCGAGUCUAGUUGCGCCGAAGCCAUAAGAGCUGCUUUUGAUUACAACGUCCCUGUGCCCGCAUCUGAACGUGGUCACGCUACACACGUCGAAUCUGUCAGCAAAUCGCUCGAGCGCGACUGGAACCUUAGCCCAUCUAUGGACGGCGACGAGAGUCAGGACAUGCCGGCGACUGACUCGACGAUCUUCAGUGCUUUCACGGCCAGCGACAUCGAAAGGAGCGAUGCCAGUAACUCCGCGGGUCCGACACCUGCUCCCUCUGAGGCUGACUUGGAUGAAGACAGCGAGACCGGCAACUCGGAGGACACGAACGUAACUGUUCGAGAUCGGCCGAGCCCACUCUCUAUCGCAUCAUUUGAUGGACCCCAGGGCGAACCCGAGCUGGUGUUUGCCGCGUCUCCCGUCGCGGGCAACUUCGAGCAUCCGUUACGCUACUUCGUCAUUCUUCACGGUGCUCGCAGCGGGAUCUUCUAUACCAAUAUCUCCUUCGCAAUGGCUCUCGUCGAGGGACACGACGCUGCAGAGUUCGCCAUGUUCCCUACCGGAGAGCGCGCGGUGGCGCAUUACAACCACCUUACUGGCAGGCGUAUCUCAUGGGAUAAGAUGCAGCACGCAGGAAAACCGAUGAGGGGUUCGAUCCAUAUGGUCGGUGGUAAGGGUAAGUAUAUCGUCGAGGACGCUAUUCAACUAGUCGAUGGUACGGUUAAGAUCGAUGUCGGGGUUGGUGGCGAGUCUGCUCUCGACGUAGGCGGGGAUGAUGCCACCUGA